AUAAAAUGGAAAGCAUGACAGAAGCUAUCGAAGAAAAGAAGGCUAAAACUAUCAGUCUAGAGAAGUCUUUCCUGGUCAAGACCAGGAAACAAGAUAGAGCCUGAUUUGACAGUAUCCUCUGGAGUUAUUUGAGAAAAAGAAUAGGAGAUAUUCUAGAUUCAGAAGAAUUUUUGUUUGAGGAAUACCCUGAAUUCAUAGGAUUUUCAAGAAGUUUAAAUCAUAUAAGAUUCAUAGAUAUAGGGUGUAUAAUGUUUAUUUUUUUCAAGUCAAAAAAUAAGCACUUGGUUGAUUUUUUUGAAUUCUCCUUCCCAAACAAAACUAAUAUGUUGAGUUUGUGGAACAAUCAUGGAUUUAACCUGAAUAGGUCGAAUUACUUUAACUCAUUGCUAAGGCUCAGUUCUAAAGUAGUUCAUGAAGUUAGACUUAUGUUUUUCUCUAUUCGCCUCCCUCAAUUGAAGAAGCUUAUGGCAGCUUUCAAGCAUGUGAAAGUGAUGAGAUUUGAUAGUUGUGAAUUAUCAAUUCCGGAUGUUCCUAAUCUCUCAAAGGCUCUUAAAAACUGCCAAAUCCAGGAAUUAGAUUUAUCAGAAGAUGAAGAUAGUGAUGUAUAUUUCUUGAGGGACAACUUUGACCAAUUCAAGAACUUGGUACAAGGAUUAGCAAGUUCUCCAGACUUAAGUUUAAGUCUCAAAACGGUAAAUAUCGCUAUGAGUGAAGUAAAUCAAAAUGAAGCAGAACAACUCUUCAAAGAAAACCAACUUGGAGAUGUUAAAAUAAUUGGUGGGAUUUAAAAUUGGUUACAUUUA